AUGGCUGGACGCGCUACUACACAAAGUAACGCCAUCCCAGCCUGGAGGAAAAGAAUCGAGGACCGUAUCGCAAAGGCAAGGGCCCUUAUCGGCAGACUGACAAGCUUCAGGUCGGGUAAUAAUAGACCGAGGAUUAUGCGCACCGUUAGGAUGGCGUUUGCUGGGACAAAUAUCAGUUUGUCCCAGCCGGAUAUCACGCAGAAACUAACGGAGCGCAUAGACGACCUGAAGCAAAAGAUCGCUGCUUGGGGGAAGCGGAUUCGACGAUUUUCCGAGGGGUCAAGGCGGUUCAACCAGAAUCGUCUCUUCCAGAGUGAUCAGAAGAGGCUCUAUAAAUUAUUGGAGCGACCAAAGGUAUGUGGAGCGGGCCAAGGACCGGAUCAGGCUGACAUUAUCGCAUUCUGGCGUGGCCUGUGGUCAGAGCCCGUAAACCACAGUGAGGGCCCUUGGAUGGAAGUUGUGGCGAGCCAGGGUGCGACUGUUACGCCUAUGGACCCCAUCACCAUAACGCCAGAAGACGUGGCUGAGGCGACUGAAAAUUUUUCAACUCGCUGCGAGCAGCUGCGCCUUGAGGCCAAAAGAAUUGGAACAAUAAUUCAAACCUACUGCAACAGCAAGUCGACCUAG